AUGACCAUUUCAUUGAUAGAAACUUGCGAUUUUGUUUCUUCUUCAGUCUUAUUAGCAAUUUCUUAUUCAGUUUCAUUGACAAAUUCAUCUUCAACUUUAUCACUUUUAUCAUUGCAUCAUUAUUCAUAUUGUAUUCUUGAUGUUUGGAAAUAG